AUCUUCUUCUUCACCCUCCUCUUCUUCUUCAGAAUCAUCUUCAUCAUCUUGGGUUCCUCGUGGAACCCAGUGCGGGGUUUCAUGAGGAACCCAGAGCCAGUGCGGGGUUCACAAGGAACCUAGAUCUGGGUUCCUCAUGAAACCCAACACUGGGUUAGUGAGGAACCCAGACCUGGGUUCCUCUCGAAACCUAGCAUUGGGUCUGCGCGGAACCCAACUGGCUUGGAUCAAAAUGGGGAGGACGGGGAGGACCACGGCAAUCUCCGGUUGGGGCAGCCGGAGCUGUACAAGCAAGCUAAUAGGGACGAUCCCAAAGCUCUCCUUGAUGGCGUCGAUGUUGUUGGACUCGUUGGAAUCUUGCGCCAAUUAGGCGAUCUCGCUGAGUAUGUUUCUCGCGUUCUUAUUUGAUUUUGCUCUUCAAUUUUGGGGAUUGAUGGUGUUUCUAGUGUUGCAUGAAAAAAUUUGGAAAUUGAUUUUUGUUUUAAUGUUGAGUUUCAUAGUAUGUAUAGAUUGAACUCUGAAGAAUGUGAGGAUUGAUUGAACUGCAGAGGAAGAAUUUAGGCAAGCUAAAGCUGUAUUGUUUGUUAGUUUUUUAAAAAAUUUAAGGGAAUUGA